AUGCCUAUUGCCUUGAAAGACAAAGUCAAGGCAGAACUGGACAGUAUGGAGAGCCAGGGUGUCAUCAAGCAAAUCAUCGAACCAACCGAAUGGGUGAACUCAAUCACAUAUGUCACCAAGAAGGAUGGAAGCAUUCGCAUUUGCUUAGAUCCUCGCAGAUUGAACAAGGCACUUAUCAGACCUCACUACAAACAGCAGACCUUGGAGGAGUUGAAUCACAAGUUUCACAACAUGCAGCACUUCUCCAAGUUAGAUGCAAAGUGCGGCUACUGGUCAGUUAAGUUAGAUGAGGCCAGCCAAAGACUUACCACAUUCCAGACACCUUUUGGAAGAUAUGUCUUCUGUCGCCUACCAUUUGGACUCAGUGUAAGUCAGGACAUUUUCCAGUUGGAGAUGGACAGAGUUCUAGAAGGCUGUAAAGGGGCAGAAUGCAUAGCAGAUGAUAUCGUAAUCUUUGGGCGUACAGUAGAAGAGCAUGACCGCAACCUUCUCAACUUCAUGCAAGUAGCAGCAAAGAGAGGCCUCACACUGAACUCAAACAAGUGCCAUAUCAGGCAAACGAGUAUCAACUUCUUUGGUAAUCGAUACUCAAAGGAUGGUAUCCAGCCAGAUCCCCAGAAGGUAGCUGACCUCGCAGGAAUGCCGACUCCGAGCACCAAGGCUGAGUUACAGCACUUCCUAGGUUUCAUUACUUACCUAUCUCACUUCAUCCCAGAUUUCAGCACAAAGACUGCAGUUCUGAGAGAUCUCCUUAAGAAAGAGGCUGAUUUCAUCUGGGAACCACAUCAUCAAGCAGCCAUGGAGAAACUCAAGCAAGAAGUUUCAGAGAAAUCACUACUCCAGUUCUUCGACACAACAUCCCCAGUGUAUUUGCAGUGCGAUGCAAGUCUUCAAGGGUUAGGAGUUGCACUCCUACAGCAUGACCAGGAAGGUAGACUCCGCCCAGUAGCUUACGCAAGCAAAGCCCUAUCUUCAACUGAAACACGCUAUUCGUGUAUUGAACGAGAGCUGCUUGCUAUUUUGUUCGGAGUAGAACGUUUUCACACAUAUCUCUAUGGAAGGCUAUUCCAUGUGAUCACAGACCAUAAGCCACUUCUGAUGAUUAUGGACAAACCUCUCACGGCAGCCCCUCCAAGGCUACAAAGGAUGUUGAUUCGACUACAGGGAUACAACUUCCAGAUCACACACCGUCCAGGACUAGACAACCUGCUCGCAGACAGUCUCUCACGAUUACCAAGCACUCACAACAAUGAAACAGUUGAACUUGAUCUGAGAGUAGAUCUGGUGCAAUUCUCGUCAAGGAAAGUAGUUGAACUGAAACACACUACAAGACAAGACAAAGUCCUAAGUGCACUGAUGGAAGUUAUUGUGACGGGCUGGCCUGAUACGGUGAAGCGAGUGCAACCAGAGUUGAGAGAGUUCUGGAGUUACCGAGAUGAGUUAACAGUAAGCGACGGUAUAAUUCUCAAGGGAAGCAGAGUUGUCAUUCCCAAGCAGAUGCAACCAGACAUCUUGGAAAAGCUCCAUACCAGUCACCUAGGCCAACAAAAAACCAAAUUGCUGGCCAGAGGAAAGGUGUUCUGGAGUAACAUGAACAAAGACAUUGACAGAGUGGUGCAGUCAUGUGUGAGAUGCCAGGAACAUCAACCAGCGCAAACGCCAGAGCCACUCCAGCCACACGACAUUCCCACGAUGCCCUGGAACACGGUGGCAACCGACAUGUUUGAAUUCAAAGGCAAACAAUGGUUAAUUGUGGUGGACUACUACAGCAAGUACCCAGUGGUUCGCCAGUUACCAGACCAAGCAACAAGCAGUGCUGUAAUCACUAUGAUGCAACAAGUGUUUGCAGAGCAUGGCAUACCAGCAAAGGUGGUGAGCGACAAUGGACCCCAGUAUGCCAGUUACCAGUUCAAGUCGUUUGCAGAGUCAUGGGGUUUUGAACAUGCUACAUCGUCCCCCAGACGACCACAAGGCAACGGAUUUGUAGAGAGACAAAUCAGAACCAUCAAGGGUAUCAUGAAGAAGACUUCAGACAUUCAGCUAGCACUACUUCUUUGGCGUACAACUCCCAUAUCAGAGAAGCUACCAAGUCCAGCUGAAGUUCUCAUGAAUCGCCAGUUGAGAACUACACUCCCAGCCAAGUUGCAGAGAACACAGCCAGAUGCUGAUGACAUCUACAAUCAGCUGCAGGAAAGACAGAAUAGUCAAAAAUUCUAUUUUGACAAACAUGCCAGAAGAGCUGACUUGCCAGAGCUUUACCUUGGGCAAGAUGUACGAUACCGCGACCCAGUGUCCAGACGGUGGUGUCCUGCAACAGUUGAUACCAGGGCCAAGGGACAGCGCUCCUACAUUCUCCAGAGCCCUGAGGGAAGUUACCUACGAAGAAACAGGCAGCACAUAAGACCUGACCAUACCGACCAGUCUACAACUGAGGUUCCCAGGGGUGAUGAUAGCAACGGUCCAGGUGAUGAAGGUGCCUCAUCCACUGACCACGAUGAGCAGUUGAGCACUCCACAUCGUGCAUUUCCCGAACCUCGAAGCAGCCCAGGACGGGAGGAGGCUCCACCUCGAAGCCCAGGACGGGAGGAAACUCCACCUCGACGACAACGUUCAUCGCGAAACACCCAACGCCCUAAAAAGUAUGAUGAUUUUGAGAUGUAA